AUUUGUUGAGCUCAAACCCAGAUACUGAUACCGGUUUCUUCGUAUUGUUACUCUCGAUCACAGCUAAAUCACCAGGAAGUGCCUUAUACAGGGUGUGUCAACCCACACCAUCCCUCUGGGAUGGAAUUUCUGAUAAUGGCGGACGAAAUGAUGAAUUCGUCGUCGUUUCUGGAGGCGGCCGACCAGGACCUCGGAGGAUGGGGGGCGGUGUGGCCUGAUGACGUCAUGGGGGGUGGACACAGUGAAGUGGGGGCGCAAGCGAACCCCUCCCGUAAGCGCAAGGCGGGGGCCCCCAUGCACCCCCUGCCGUCAUCAGCUGAUUACAAGAUGCACCACGACUCCGCUCCCAAACAGGCUAAGGAUGACAGAGAUGAUCAAAGUAGUUCGGGUUGGCAGGCCCCUGCUAUGGAAGAACUGGGGAACUGCAGCAAUUUGGCAGAUGAACUGGAUAGCUCUUGCGGCCUGACUGGAAUCAGUGUCGACUUGAACCAGUCCUCCUACAACAAUAUCAGUGAUGCUCUCUUGACUUUGCCGUCGCUCACAGUUUUCAAGCAAGAGCUGCCGUCUCCUGGCAAUAAUAACCAUGACAACAGUGUGCUGUCCUACAACAACUAUAAUGGAAACAGCAAUGGCAGCGGCAAUCUGUCUCCCAAUCUGCUGUGUCCCUCUAAUGGCGUCGCUGCAAAUGCUGCCUCCAACAACAUCAACUCCACCUCACCGUCACAAUCUCAGUCGGCCCAGCUCAAAUCGAUGAUGUUAUACAACGCAACCGAUGAACGCAAAGACAAGCCUGCCCCGCCAGUACCCGUGUGCCUUGUGAUUCCAGACAACACGAUGUCAGCGCUAUCUAGCGAGAAGAGCGCUAACGACUUCAAGGAGAAGAUCGCCUGUGGAGAAGGCAGUACCAGAGCUGCUGCAGCGGCGAGCAAGAGGUCCGAGUUGGAAGGCAACAAGAAUAGUAACAUUGCUGUCAGCUCGUCGUGUAUGUCUCCCACUAGUUCAUCGGAGCCGUCGGCUGAGGAUUGCAGAUUCCAGUACGUGUUAGCGGCUGCAACAUCGAUAGCAACGAAGGUCAACGAAGAAACGCAGACUUAUCUCAAUCAAGGCCAGUCCUACGAAAUCAAACUGAAGAAACUCGGCGACUUGUCCAACUACAGAGGCAAGGUUCUCAAGAGCGUGGUGCGCCUGAGCUUCCACGAGCGUCGCCUGCAGUACACAGAGAGCGAGCAGAUGGCAGCGUGGGUGGCCAGCCACCCGAUGCAACGCCUGCUCGAAGCCGACCUGCCUCUCUCCUACGGCAUAGUCGACGUCCUCCAGCACGACUCGCUGCUCAACACCAUUCAGUUCCUCUGGGAUCCCACCAAGGAAGUUGGCGUCUAUAUCAAGGUGAACUGCAUCAGCACCGAGUUCACACCGAACAAACAUGGCGGCGAAAAGGGCGUGCCCUUCCGCAUUCAGGUGGAAACAUCACUGCACGGGCAAAGUCCACCCUGCCGGCUGCACACUGCUUCUUGCCAGAUCAAGGUUUUCAAGUUGAAAGGCGCCGACCGCAAACAUAAACAAGACCGAGAGAAGAUUCUAAAGAGACCGCUCAUUGAGCAAGAAAAGUACCAACCUUCCUACGACUGUACUGUGCUCAAUGAUAUGCCCAACGAUGCUGACCCUGUCUUCAGUCCAAUUGCAAUAACUAACAACCAGCCUGUUGUUGCUACAGCUGCUAUCCAGUCGCCUGACAACAAACGUGGCAGUGCUUCAGUUGAGCAGAGAUCGCCUCUGCGUGCGGCUGCCGUGUCGUCAGCCAAUCAGGCCGAGCCGCCCACCUCCAGUCAGGCGUGCCAACAGCUGCAGCAGCUAGUGCCCAGGGUUGCCACCCAGCCGCAAGAUGCCAACACUAACAACUUUGAAGUGGGUUUGAGCCGAACAGCCACCGUACAGCAGGCGAACGUUUGGCUGCAGACCAAUCGCUUCUCUGCGUUUCUGCGCACAUUUUCAAAUUUCUCCGGCCUCGACCUGCUUCGUCUGUCCUGCGACAACCUCAUUCAAAUUUGCGGCCUGCCUGAAGGAAUUCGUCUCUUCAAUGCAUUGCACAGAUCACCGCUGUCGCCCCGCCUGACACUGUACAUGUGCGUGGACACGAGUGUGGACGUGUAUCAGGCUCUCUACCUGGAGACGUUGACCAGUGCCGAGUUGGGUCGCAAGUUGGCCGCACUGGUGCAGUGUGCCUCCCCGGUUGCCGGCGCACAGCUGCUGCUGCAAGGCCCCACCGGCAUACAUGUCGCCGUUUCAGACCAGGUGGUUGCCAACAUGAAGGACGAGGCUGUGUUUGUCGUCGAACGAUUGUCGUCGCCAGGUCAGGCUGACCAGUUCUGUCUUCUUCUGAAACCAUCCAACCGAACCCGUUGAAAGUCCUUCCUACUUUACAACCGAAGCUCUGCGUUUUCUAUAAAUUAAAUGUAGAACAACACAACGCUGCUAGGACACUACACACCUUCAUUAUAAUACCUACUAUAUGAUUGCUUAACAUUAGCGCAUAAAUCAUAUAACAACACGAUUGUUGCCUUUGUUUUAGAAGCUUUAUAGAAUGAUGUUAAUGUAGUGCAUUUCAUGGCUUAAGACAUCUAUCCAUAUUUGUGUAGCCUUUGUUUUAGAAUCUUUAUAGAUGUUAUUGUAGUACAUUUCAUGGCUCAAGACAUCUAAUCUCCAUGACUCGAGCAUAUCUCGGUACUUGGAGAGAUAUAGCUAUAAUAUGAUUCAAUUCAAACGGUCAGCAUUGAUGUUAUUAACAAGGAAUGUUGAAAUUUUGAAGUGAGUGCUGUAUAAUUAUGUCAUCUGCAUCUGCAUAAUAAAAAGUUGAUCUUCGUGUCGAUAAAAUACAUGUUAUUUGUAUGCUAUAGUGAGAUUCACUUGAAACUGUCAUGAUUGGACAAAUGGACAGCAUUUGUUAUCAAAACUAAGGCCCGGUUGCACAAAAGCCGGUUAAAUUUUAACCGUGAUUAAUUUUACGAAAACCAAUCGGAGAAGCCGUCUUUUCAAUAUAGCCUUCUCUGAUUGGUUCUCGUGGAAUUAAUCACGGUUAAAAUUUAACCGGCUUUUGUGCAACCGGCACUGACAGUUUAAAGUGAGAAUGACUAUAGCUCUAAAAGUGGUGGGAGCUGUCAGAUGUCUUUAGCCGUGAAAUGCACUCUAAUUUCUGUUAUAUGUUAUAGGAAAUGCUUUUAAAAGUUUAUUGUUAUUGUUGAAAUAAUAUAAUACAUUUUUGAAUAAUAAAAAUGUCAGUUGAAAAUUGUUUAUUGUUAUCCGACUGAUGUUCAAUGAACUAUGUUGUAAAGCUAUUGAUUAAUUACCAUUGGUGCUUUCAGUUUGCAAUUUUUGAUCUGAAUGAAAAUGUUCACAGAAGUGCCCUGAUUACGAAUUUCUUGAAUACGCUCUAAGAGUUUUCUAUUAUGUAUUUUUAUACCAUAAAGAAGUAAACCUGUAUCAAUCACCCCAAUACAUGAGCUGGCGGAAAAUAUUUUAAGCACUUUUUUACAAACAUCGUGGAUAACAAUAAUAUAAAAUAAUAUUAUAUUUAUAUUUUAUAUACACUAUACAGUAUUCGUUAUUCUCUCAUUUAAAAUACCUAGAAAAUUAAAUGAACGUACAGUACUAUUUUAUUAUGGAAUAUUUAUAAAACCAUUUUCACGUUAUGUACUGUUGGCUUUAUUUGGAACUAAGAUAUUCUUUAUUAUACGGUUCCAAGUUGGCUUAGAAACUUCAAAUGUGACUAUUUUCUUUUUAACAAAGGAUAUAAUGAUUGAAACAAUUUUAUAUAGAAGUGAAUAUCGGUUGGGUUUUUCAUUCACUUGAAUUGCUUUUAUAUAGCAAGUCCAAAUUACAAUGGAAGUUACCUAAAACUGGAGAUUUUGAAAAAUAAAAACCAAUGUAUAAGGUAAUAAAAACCUUUUAGUAAAAUUAUAAAUUAAAAAAUAUAUUGAUGUUAUGAUAUGAAUAUGCAACGCAUUUUAUAGUUGAAGUGUAUAAAAUAUUAUGCUUGUCGCUUUAUAGAUAGUACAUUAUACAGUUUAAGUAGUAUGAGUAUUACCUUGGAUAAAUUUUGGAAACAUGUUGAUGUAGAGUUGAUCAUAACUUAGAUUUAUUCUUCAAUUAUUAAUAUCAAUCUGAAUGUCAUAUUUUUAUUUCAGAUUAAUUGCUAUUAACGUGCCUUUUAUAAAUGAGCCUUAUUGAUAAAUUAUAAGUAUAAAUAUUGAAUAAAACUAUAAAAAGCAUAAAUAUUUUAUUAAACUAUCAAUUUACAUAAUAUAUUUUGGCAUCACUACAAAAUGCUUCUCGGAAGACGUUGUCUAAUCUCUAACGAAUUAAUAAUUAAUUCAUUGAUUGUCGAAAACAUCUUCUUGAAGUUUCUCUUUAUUGAAACCAAUCAAACCUAAAUGACUAGCACGUUAAUCAACGUAAUUGAUGGCCUUACACUUUCGUGUGAAUUGAAUACUAUGUUUGAUAGGUAUUGAUUAUUAUGCUGUUAAAAAUGAAUUGAUAUAAUAUGUAAUUGUUGUCAAAAGAUAUUACGAUUAUGCUAUUGAUAAUAUUUUCUUGCUUGUGAACCUUAGUGAAUUAGGAUUGUUAGCAUUUAAUGAUUAUGUAUUGUUGUUGAAUCUACAUAGUUUUGAGACAGUUAUCCAAAUGUUUAUCAAAUGUUAUAGUAGUCAAUAUUUUAUAUUAAGCUUGUGAAACAUAUACUGUUCCGAUUAGAACACGUUUUAGCGAAUGCAGUUCUAUAGUACGGUAACUGUUGUUAUAUUGAAAUUGAGAGUUUAUAAUAUGUUGACUUCAAUUGAAAAUUGGAAGAACUGCAUGGAUGUUUCUUGUAAUUAGAAAAUACUAUGUCAAUUGAAAUAGUAUGAACCGUUCGAAACAUCUCCUUUCUUUUUGGAUUACGUUUGUUCUAAUAAUGUACUUGAUAAAGUUAAUUGGAAUUAGAACAAAACGAUUCAGAAAAGAGGAAUACAUCAAGAGAAGGAGUUGGAUGUAGCCUACAUAUCUAUCAAUAGGAUUAAACAUAUCCGACAGAUUAUUAUUAUCAUUAUAUCAUGAUUGACGGAAUUUGUAACUUAUUAAUAGUUGUUCAAUAUUAUCAAGAACAUAACUGGAAAAUUGUUAUUAAUUUUAUAACAAUUCAAUUGUUGUAAGAUGUUGGGAAAAUAGUGGUAGGUAAACUACUGCAGGUUGUCCAAUCUUGGCAAUUUUCACCAAAUUUUUGUGCAUGAAGGAAAUUUAGGUGGGGAUAAAAUGGGAAGUUGGUUUUUGGUUAAGGAAUCAAGAUAUUGAAUUGAAAACAUGGAAUUUUCAAUUUUGUGGAUAGUAGACUUACCGCUUGUAUCGGAUUCAAUCGAUAUAGAGUUGAAUUUUUAAUUUUAUGUUUUCAACUUUGAAGAACAAAAUGAACUUGUCAAGUUGCCUGAGUUUUAGUAGGAAAAGUCUCAUUGCCUAAACUAAAUAUAGAUGUUUCAAUUAGAGCUGAUAUUGUUAUUAGAAUUAUAUAUUAUUAACAGAUAAUCAAUAUAGAGUUAUCAUUAUUGAUUGAAUGUAUCAUUAUCUAUUUUGAGCUGAGUAGAAUUGUCUUUGUCAUGAAUAAAUUACCGUAUAUCACGGUUUUCUCCUGCACUUGUUUGCUAAAUAGUAUUGGAGAAAAUGUUUUUGCUUGAGAAAUGUAGUUGUUUUAUAAUAUGUAGGCUAUUAUUUACAAGUUAAAAAUAAUGAAAUAUUUUAUUUUUAGAUCUAGAAAGUUGUUGAAAUAAUAUAGUUUGUGCCAUGUCAAUUAGGUAUCUGCUCUAUUUGCUUACUUUCUGGAGAUUUGGUAGAACAAUCUGUUCGUCCUAUUAUUCUUUAGGAGAAAUGGGAAUCUUGAAGAGUCCGUUUUUUCUAUUGAGACUUUGUCCAUGAAAAUCAUUCAUUCGUAGAACGUUUUUUAGAUAUUUUUACCAAUAAUAACCAAAUAUGAAAGUAAUGAUAUAAAGUUUUGAUAUGUCGAAUUAUUUUUAAAACAGGUUCGCCAAAUUAUCAUAGUGGCUCCUCGCCAAAAAUUAUUUGGAU